AUGGCGAAGGCUGCUAGUAUUAGUAAUGUUGAAAUGACCGAAGCAGAAGAACUAAUAAAUAAAGAUGAAAUUACUAAUAAACUGGAUGAAGAUAUUAAAAUGGAAUAUGAGGCACCGGAAGGUGGUUGGGGGUGGAUCGUGACUUUGGCGAUGAUCAUCAUUCUUAUUACGGUUAUCGGACCAGCCCCAUCGAUUGGAUUAAUUUUUGGUGAUUUUCUCGAGCCUACCGGUCAAGCUGGACUUUUAUUGACACUUUUUGGUGCACUCUUCAGUAUUACUUUCUCAAUCUCUAGCCCGCUAGCUAAUUAUUGGAUGCAGAAAUAUACGAUGAGACCGGUUGCAGUAAUGGGAGCGAUAUUGUUUUCUGCCUCAAACAUUUUAUUAGCUUUAGCCAUCAAUAUUUGGCAAAUGAUGAUUUUAUUUUUAAUGCAAGGAAUCGGAGUAGGACUUCUUCUUACGCUAAGUAACACGAAUUUCAAUUCUUACUUCGUGAAAAAACGUGCUCGAAUAAUGAGCCUGGCCCAAGUGAUCAUCGGUAUGGGUGCCAUCGGUUAUCCCUAUUUUAUCGACAAAAUGAUGCCACUGUACGGCUUUCGAGGUACCGCUGGUAUAAUAGGUGCGAUCAGUUUGAAUUGCAUUCCUGCUGUACUUAUGUUGCACCCGGUUGAAUGGCAUACCAAGGGUAGAAAAGUCAUUUCCGCGGAGAGAGUUUGCAAGGCUGUGAAAAAAUCUAAACAACGUUCGAACAUCGAUGACCAUCACAAAGAUUCGUCCGGUCAAUGGACCAGUUUACGUAGUUUAAGAGAAAACAGAACCCAGAAGACUGAACCAACCGAGGAAAUUCCUAAUAACAUUGAAAACGAAGAAUGUCGUGUUAGAUCAUGGUCGUGGUCAACUCGUGAAGUUUUGACCGAAAGAUUGCACGUAUUUUCUUCAUCAAGUGCAGCGAAUUUGGCAAGUGGUAUAGGUGCACUAGCACAUAUCAAAAGUAAUUCUAAGAUAUUAGUUAACAACACCAUAGAUGAUACUAAUCAAGACAAAUGCGGAUCCUGUUUUAAGAAAUUUAUCAAAAUAAUGGAUCUUUCUAUGUUGAAAGAUUUAUAUUUUUUGAAUUUAAGUUUCGGUAGCAGUAUCGCUAUUACGUGCGAUUUUACUUUUGUUUCAUUAUUACCUAUAAUGAUGUUUCACGAUGGAUACACCAGAAGUGAAUCAGCUUUAGCUAUCAUAGUUAGCGGUACAGCAGAAUUGAUUUCUAGAAUUUUACUUGCUAUUUUUAACUUUUUCGUCAAAGUACAAGCUAAAUACUUGUUCUUCGUUGCCAUGAUUGCGAUGUCGUUCGCUAAAGCAGGAUUUGUAAUUUUCGAGGAUGCAUUAAUGGCUGUGUUAGUGAUGAAUGCAAUAAUCGGUAUGGUACGUGCUUUGAUGUUAGUACCACAAUCUUUAGUUAUCAUAGAAUACGUUCCAAUAGACAAAUUAUCAUCUGCUUAUGGUUGUUUUGGAUUUAUUAUGGGUAUCACUUCGCUGGUGUUAUCACCUCUUCUUGGAAAUAUCAGGGAUUGGACUGAAAGUAAUCAACUGUUUCAAUACAUUACAUUAGGAAUUCAUACCGUGUGCAUUUUCCCAUGGACAUUGCAAUUUUUCUUUGUGGAUUUUCAAGAAUGGAGGAAGACACGACGUAACAUUAACUUAUCCAAUUCUUCAAAUUAA